AUGAGACUUAUCUGUGAUGACCUGGCCCUCGAUCCAGCCAGCAUUAGUGUGUGGUUCAUUGCAUGGAAGUUCAGAGCAGCAACACAGUGCGAGUUGUCCAAGCAGGAGUUCAUGGAUGGCAUGAUAGAAUUAGUAUGUGACAGCAUAGAAAAACUAAAGGCCCAGAUACCCAAAAUGGAACAGGAAUUAAAAGAACCAGGACGAUUUAAGGAUUUUUACCAGUUUACUUUUAAUUUUGCAAAGAAUCCAGGACAAAAAGGAUUAGAUCUAGAAAUGGCCAUUGCCUACUGGAAUUUAGUGCUUAAUGGAAGAUUUAAAUUCUUAGACUUAUGGAAUAAAUUUUUGUUGGAACAUCAUAAACGAUCCAUACCAAAAGAUACUUGGAAUCUUCUUCUAGACUUCAGUACAAUGAUUGCAGAUGACAUGUCUAAUUAUGAUGAGGAAGGUUUUUCAGUGGACUGGAAAGAGAUGGAAUAAAACUGAAAUUAAAGCUGGCCUG